AUGAGAAUCCCAGGAGGCAAAUGGAAGGACUGGCAAGUGACGUUGGAUGACAGCCAUGGGAACCCCCUCACCGAACACAAUGUCUGGCACACAUAUCCCAGACAGGUCAGGCAGGCGGAUAUCAACUCCAAGGGCUUGGUUAAGCUUGACGUCGUGUGCGAGUCGCUGGAGCCCAUCACUGUUCGCGUUAUACCACCCACCCCCUGCGACUUUGACGCGCUCGUCCGCCCUUUCUUUGAGGGACAAUGGCUCGACGGCCUAAUCGUGCCCAGGGACAAGAACCCCCGCGACAUCUCGGUCCUUUACGAGGAUCAGCGCGGCAUUGCCUUUGAAGAGCUGGGUUCAAGUCGUAUCAAACACUUCGACUGCAAUGUUCCCUCAGAUGACGCCACGUCGUUCGGUGUGAUGGCCAUCAACCUUAUCGGUGGCGUGGUCCAAGCCGACCAGUCACCGACUUCGAACGACACGUCCUCGGAAAGCAAUGGCAGUGCUCCUACGCAGUUGCUGAAGCCCACUGAAGCUAUCCCAAGAUACCGCGUCGAGUUCUCAAGAGGUGUGUUGCCAGCCACCGAGAAUGACAAUCAAGCGAAGGAGGACGCUGGUAUGACCGAGAUUCAGGACCAGGAGGAGGCUAUCGAUGUUGAAGACCAAGAGGUGGACUCCCUCGAAUCCCUCCACGACGGAGGACAAGUGGACGGUUCCUCAUCAAGUGCCGACAUUGGGAAGAGCAGUGGACCCAGCACCAGGCUCACAUCCCAGCGGGGCAUCGGCCGUCGCUGGAACUUUGAAGACUACGGGGACCAGAGUGACUCUCGCGGCAACCCACUUCACAAGCCCACACUCAGCUGGUCUGAUGACGACUACGAAGACGGUCAAGAGGCAUUCGACCGUCCUCGGAAGAGCAGAACCCAAAAGACGCGUCGGUCGACUGGCAGGUCUUAA